AUGAAGUUGGUUUGUGUUUGCGUAGCUUUGCUGGUUUCCUGGUGCCACGCUGAGCCAGUCAAAUUCCCGGGCCAAUUGCCGUUCAGAGGGACUCCGACUUCCAAUUCGAUUUCGCCGCCAGAAAUUACGUACGGAGUGAGUGGAUUUACUGUCUUUUUGGCUCGCCUAGUAAAACUCGCAUUGCCAGAAGAAACUUGAAUGCUAAGUUUUCACGAUUUUGCACAUUGUACAUUACAAAGAAAAUUACCUGGUUCCUCGAACAGAGGAUUAAAAGUGAUUGUGAGUUGCACACUGUUAAAUCCUUUUUCAGUUCGAUGAGACAAGUGCACCUAUAACGCUGAGCCAAUUUGGUACACUGUGUGGAAGCUGGAACCCGGGCUACAUCCCUGACAUCACAAACUACUUGUUUUUAACUGGUAAGCAUUCAAAUAUACUUUAAAACUAUAGUUAACUGUUUACCAAGCAGUUUUUUACGGCUGAACUAUUAUACAAUGUUUACAGAUUUUCUGCAACCAUACUGGACAAAUUUUACUGCUGGCUAUAUUGCGAUCGGUCUGAAGCAUGAAAAAAACAAAGGAUUUAUUUGGAUGGGCGACCACGAGUAUGUCAACGUUCUUGGGUUUCUUCCACCAGGCUUUACAAAGCCGACCGAUCCAUCUAAAGACUACUACUACAAACUGGACAAAACGGGAAAAUAUGUGCAGGUCGAAGACACAGAUCAAUAUCAAGGGGUAGGUCAUAUUUUCUUUGAACGCCCGUGCACAACAAAAGUGUUUUAAUGCUUUUAAUUUUAGCCCGUCUUAUGUACCCCGAAACAGACCACAUGA